CGAGCCAAGCCGGAGGAGUGCCAGGCUCCGUUUCCCUCCUGCCACACCCCACAGACGGGCCCCAAAGCCCUCCCUCCUCUCCAAACCCUUCCCUUCGGGUUAGCCUUCCAAACCCACCCCCAGCUCAAACCACAGCACCGAGGGUUUGAGCCCCAAAGACCGUCUCACUCGCGACCACUCAUCUGAAACCCUCCUCGCCCGCUUCCAAGCCCAGCCCCCAUCCCCACCCUGAGCCCCCACCCUGAGCCCUGAAAACUAGCCUCCGCUCCUAACAUCCAAUCCGGAAGUCCCAACCGUACACCCUCCCCAUCUUGUGACCCGGCCCCCAAAUCCCCACUAACCUCUCCCUCACCGUACAUCCCUUCCUCUGCUCGCUCAGUCUGGGCCCAGGCCCCUGUGCCCCUGAAGACAUGGAGUUUGUGUCUGGAUACCGGGAUGAGUUCCUUGAUUUCGCUGCCCUCCUGUUUGGCUGGUUCCGAAAGUUUGCGGCGGAGCGUGGGGCCGUGGGCGCCGGCCUCGAGGGCCGCUGUCGCCAGCUGGAGACUCAGAUCAGAAGGCUGCCCCAGGACCCCGCCCUCUGGGUGCUCCAUGUUUUGCCCAACCGUAAUGUGGGCAUCAGCCUGGGGCAAGGGACAGAGCCGGGCCCUGGACCGGGCCUAGGGGCUGCCCGGUUCCUGGGAGAUGAGCCUCCACUCCACCUGCGAGACCUAAGUCCCUACAUCAGUUUUGUCAGCCUGGAGGAAGGGGAGGAAGAAGAGGAGGAGGAGGAAAGGGAUGGAGAGCAGGAGGGUGCAGGCGUGGGGAAGGCAGAUCCAGGGGAAGAUGGGGAGCCCGCCCCGACCAGCAGAGAGUCCCCCAAGGAAGCACACCCUCCAGGGGAGCCAGAGGAGGCCAAGCCGGAGGCAGGAGCUGGCAGAGGGGGCCAGGAUGGCUGCCGAGAAGACAAGACAGAGGACGAAGGGGUCCCUGAGAGGAGGAAGGGGCAGAGAAGUGAGCCUGCCCCCCUGCACCUUUCCUGCCUCCUACUGGUAACAGAUGAACACGGCACCCUUUUGGGCAUUGACCUGCUAAUGGACGGAGCCCAGGGCAGUGCAGGCAAGGUCUCGGGGCUGGAGAACCUGGGCCCUCGGGCCUAUGGUCUCCUCUGCCACAGCAUGGCCUGCCCGAUGGGCUCCGGAGACCCUCGAAAGCCCCGACAGCUGACUGUGGGGGACGCCCAGCUGCAUCGAGAACUGGAGAGUCUGGUCCCAAGGCUGGGGGUGAAGUUAGCCAAGACACCAAUGCGGAACUGGGGUCCCCGGCCAGGCUUCACAUUUGCCUCCCUUCGGGCUCGAACCUGCCAUGUCUGUCACAGACAUAGCUUUGAAGUGAAGCUGACACCUUGCCCCCAGUGUAGUGCCGUCUUGUACUGCGGGGAGUCUUGUCUCCGGGCCGACUGGCAACGAUGCCCAGAUGACGUGAGCCACCGGUUUUGGUGCCCGAGGCUUGCGGCCUUCAUGGACCGAGCUGGAGAGCUGGCAGUCCUGCCCUUCACCUACACCGCAGAGGUGACCAGUGAAACCUUCAACAAGGAAGCCUUCCUGGCCUCAAGGGGCCUCACUCGUGGCUACUGGACCCAGCUCAGCAUGCUGCUCCCGGGCCCUGGCACCCCCAGACACCCGCGGGGCAGCACGCCAUCCCUCAGCCUUCUUCUCAGUGGUUUGUGGGGUUCUCUUCAGCCACAGGCCCCUCAGCCUAGAGGGAAGGACGGGAGAGACAAAAUUUGUCCGGGUCCCAGAUAAC